CGGCGGGCAGGCCGGUGCGAAGACACUCCGGAGAGAGGCGGCGGGGUUGGUGCCGGGCCGCGGGGCUGGUGCCAGGCAGCAGAGGGGUGGAACGAGCCAGCCUCCGCGUGGGGCUCGGGGUUUAAGAAAAAGUGAGCGAUGGUGAUCCUAGGAAGAAUGAAAGAGCCUUUUUAGCCCUGGCUGAGCCACGGAGUUCACCCUGGACAAUGUCAUUCAGUAGAGGAGGAAGGCUGUGAGACUGACUGGGUGCCAAGUUGUAGCCACUGUCUGAUGCUGACCAGCUAAUUGGUAGCCCAGAGCCCAUGAGCAGCCAUUGACUACUGGCCAGGGACACUGUGGACAUGAAUAUGGCAGUGAGUACCUCAGCUCCCUUCCUCCCAACCUCAAGCACAGGCAUGGGCACAUCCACCUUCUCCUUCGUGGACUAUGUGGUGUUUGCCCUGCUGCUGGCUCUCUCCCUUGCCAUUGGGCUCUACCAUGCCUGUCGUGGCUGGGGCCGGCAUACCAUCGGCCAGCUGCUGAUGGCGGACCGCAAGAUGGGCUGCAUUCCCGUGGCGCUGUCCCUGCUGGCCACCUUCCAGUCAGCGGUGGCGCUCCUGGGUGUGCCAUCCGAGAUCUACCGAUUUGGGACCCAGUAUUGGUUCCUGGGCUGCUGCUAUUUCCUGGGGCUGCUGAUCCCGGCCCAUAUCUUCAUCCCUGUCUUCUACCGCCUGCAUCUCACCAGUGCCUAUGAGUACCUGGAGCUCCGAUUCAAUAAAGCAGUGCGGAUUUGUGGAACUGUGACCUUCAUCUUUCAGAUGGUGAUCUACAUGGGGGUUGUGCUCUAUGCACCAUCAUUGGCUCUCAAUGCAGUGACUGGCUUUGACCUGUGGUUGUCAGUGCUGGCCCUAGGCAUUGUCUGUACUGUCUAUACUGCUCUGGGUGGGCUGAAGGCUGUCAUCUGGACAGAUGUGUUCCAGACAUUGGUCAUGUUCCUAGGGCAGCUGGUGGUUAUCAUCGUGGGCUCAGCCAAGGUGGGCGGUUUGGGGCGUGUGUGGGAGGUGGCCUCCCAGCACGACCGCAUCUCUGGGAUCGAGCUGGAUCCAGACCCUUUCGUGCGGCACACCUUCUGGACCCUGGCCUUUGGGGGUGUCUUCAUGAUGCUUUCCUUAUAUGGGGUCAACCAGGCCCAGGUGCAGCGCUACCUCAGCUCCCGCACGGAGAAGGCUGCUGUGCUCUCCUGCUAUGCGGUGUUCCCUUGUCAGCAGAUAUCCCUCUGCAUGGGCUGCCUCAUUGGCCUGGUCAUGUUUGCCUAUUACCAGGAGUAUCCCAUGAGCACCCAGCAGACCCAAGCGGCUCCUGACCAGUUCGUCCUGUACUUUGUGAUGGAUGUCCUGAAAGGCCUGCCGGGCCUGCCUGGUCUCUUUGUUGCCUGCCUCUUCAGUGGCUCCCUCAGCACCAUAUCUUCAGCAUUUAAUUCAUUGGCAACUGUUACGAUGGAAGAUCUGAUUCGACCCUCGUUCCCUGAGUACUCUGAAGCCUGGGCUACCAGGCUUUCCAAAAUCAUCGCCUUUGGCUAUGGACUGCUUUGUCUGGGAAUGGCCUAUAUUUCCUCCCAGAUGGGGCCUGUGCUGCAGGCAGCAAUCAGCAUCUUUGGCAUGGUCGGGGGGCCGCUGCUCGGACUCUUCUGCCUUGGGAUGUUCUUUCCUUGUGCCAACCCCCCUGGAGCCAUAGUGGGCCUGUUGGCUGGACUCAUCAUGGCCUUCUGGAUCGGCAUUGGGAGCAUAGUGACCAGCAUGGGCUCUGGUAUUGCACCCUCUCCCCUUAAUGGGUCCAACUUCUCCCUGCCCAGCAAUCUGACCACCAUCACUGUGACCACGCUGAUGCCCUUGACCACCAUCUCCAAGCCCACAGGGCUGCAGCGGCUCUAUUCCCUGUCCUACAUGUGGUACAGUGCCCAUAACUCCACCACAGUCAUUGUGGUGGGCCUGACUGUCAGUCUGCUCACCGGGGGCAUGCGGGGCCGGACCCUGAACCCUCGGACCAUUUACCCCGUGUUGCCAAAGCUCUUUGCACUCCUGCCCUCGUGCUGCCAGAAGCGACUUCCCUGCAAAAGCUAUAGCCAGGGCCUCCCGAUGGACACUGCUAUGUUCCCAGAGAAGAUGAGUAAUGGCAUGCUAUGGGGCAGCCGAGACAAGGAGGCCAUGGAAGAAAAGGAAGGCUCAGCCCACCAGGCCAGCAGCCCCACCUUCGUCCUCCAAGAGACCUCACUGUGAUCUGACUCAGGACCUAAGCCUCUCCACACUCUGCUGGCAGCAACCAGAGGGUACCCCGUAGUACAUAGUACAUGAAUGAUUCACUCAAUAUGUUCUGAAGGAUGCUUAAGGACUUGGAGGACCUAUCCCACACCAAGGUCCUUGUUUUUAAAGUUCUAACCUGUAGUGGAAGCUGUCCCAUUAUGGGGCUGUGAGGAUUGGGCAGGAUUUUUCCUUUUCCCUCAUGAAUCUGUCCUCUAGAGGACCAGGUUUUCAGGAGGCAGGAUUGUGCCAGAAAAGCAGAUAGAAGUUAAUCAUCUGGGAAGAUGACAAUGCCUUCUAAUUUAGCAUGGCCAAGCUCCUCUGAAGUGAAUAGCAACAGUGUUUCUGGUUAUAACUGCCCUAUGGCCCAAUUUGGCAAGAUUGAUUACCUGUAGUACCAUAACGCUAGCUGCCUUGGCCUUGCUAUUGCUUCAUUGCAAUCCCAUCUAAGCACAGAAUUCGUCAGCCACAAGGGGGUCCUGUGACUAAUCUCAAGUUGUCUGUGACACCCUAGUCCCUCUCAUCCUCUGCCUACCUCCAUUCUUGAGAGGGAAGGCUUUGGUGCCUUUGGGAGGCCUCAGAAUAGAGAGGAAUGUUUAUCUCCUUUGUUUAAAGUAGAAAAGUUUUCCGCAUCACAGUCCCCACCCUCCACUGUUAAUCCAAAGAAACUAGCGCCAUUGCCAGGCCCUCUGGAGCAGCUAUCCCUCUGACUCCUGAGCCAUGCCACCUGCUGUCAUUUUGUCAUCUGUGCUUCUGUUUCCUUUUGGAAUUUCUUCCCCCUGUGUCUUUGUUCUUGGGGAAUAAAAACCACUGGACCUGUAA